GGCCGUUAGUGAUCCUCGACCUUCUCUCAAUAAAAAUAUGUACCCUUUGUCUUAAAUGGGAGAGAAAAACUGGUUUAUUUCCAAUUUGAACUCGAACAAGAUAAACGUGAGUAAUCAGCUAAACAAAAUCACUACAGUUUCUCCAUUUCAUAUCCGAAAGUUUUCACUCCCUCUGACAAAAUCUUGUGCACAUUUAACGCCUGAAUUUGUUUAGUGGAGGCCAGUCGAAAAUGAAAAUGGAUCUCCAACCAGGGAAGACAUGGAAAUGUUCCAAGUGCUCAAAAACGUUCGCACUCAAAUGUAAUUUUACGAAGCACGUGAUCACGCACGACCCCGACGCCAAAGUGAAAUGCAAGAUAUGCGGGAAAAUUUUGAAAAACCCAGACACCUUAUCUCACCACAUGACGGGCAUUCACACUAACCGGAAACGGCCCAGUUGCGACAUUUGUCACCGGGUGUUUAAUAACUCUGUCACUUUGCGUAAACACACUGAAGUUAUCCACAGCACGAGUGAACGACCCCGUUUGCCAUGUGGAUUUCUCGGCUGUGAGAAAACCUUCCUUGAUAAAGGCAGUGCUUCGAGACACAUAAAAAUUGAUCAUGCCGAGAAUCCCGUCCGAUUUCCCUGCACACUUUGCGGAAACCAAUUUAAAUCGAGGGCCGACCUAGAGAAGCACAUUGCGACCCAUACGACGGAGAAGCCGUACAAUUGUGCCACUUGUGGAAGGGGUUUCUCCCAGAUGGGAAGCAUGAAAAGUCACGAGAGGGUUCACUUGGAAAAAUCCACUCGAGAAAUUUUCAAGUGUGACGUCUGUCCUCAGACCUUCUUAGGAAGGGAUGGCCUACAACGCCAUAUCCGACAGGUGCAUGACAAUCAGAGGAAUUAUCCAUGCGCAUUUGGUGGCCAGAGAUUCUCAUGCGCAUACAAUUUGAAGCGUCACGUGGAGGCGGUACAUGCCACGAAUGAAGAGAAGAUUCAUUCCUGCGACAAAUGCCAGUACAAGAGCAACUCGAAAACAAAUUUAGCGCAACACGUGCGAAGUCACAAUGUUGCGAAUUGGCGAGAGUGUUACUUUUGCAAGAAACAUUUGGCCACCUUCCACACAUUGGUCAGACACUGCAGUCGUAUUCAUUGUCUCGAGAAGUAAAGCAUUACAUGUAUUUCAUUCUGCUUAUAAUUGUAUUCGCAGUUUAUUGUAGUAAUUUGCAUGUGGAAGCUAUGUACAAUAUUUAUAGAUUGGGUGUGAUUACUACUUUAAGGCGAUUAGGCUUUAGCGAUUAUAU